UAACAAAAAAAAACACAAACGUCCGCCGCUGACAUUUAUUUAUUGAAAUCUUAUACAACAGAGAAAGAGGAAAGAAACUGUAAAAGAGAUUCCCGUCUGCACAGCUGCUGAGCUAAUGGAAAAUGGAAUGCGUGACAUGUUCAUCCAAGCUCAGCAGACGAGCAGCAGCGUCAACGGCAGCAGCAGCAACAGCAGCAGCAGCAACAACCCUGCUCACCAGCAUAGCAAGAAACGAAAGUUGGACUACAACAUUAGUCAACCAGUUAUCCAGCAGCACGGACAAGUCCAAUCUGCCGAUUACCAGUUGGACAACGCAACUAGCAUCCAACAGUACGCUGUGAGCGGGGUGAACACUGUGUUUGGUCCGUUGCAUAAUAAUGCGCUGCAGAAGAGCCCGAACCAACAGACUCUAGUCCGCGCGUCGACUAUUAAACUUUUAGACACGUACCAGCGCUGUGGUCAGAAGAGAAAGUCUUGGUCACGAGAAGGAGGUAAUGGUGAAGGACUGGCGAUCCAAUCGACUAACACUAACACGACAAACGCCACGACCAGUGCCGUAAGCUCGCAGCACCAUUCUUCACAACAACAACAACAGCAGCAACAACAGCAGCUUAAUAAUAAACAAUCAAGCAUGACUUCGCACAGUAAACAAGUUGCCAAUGGGGGCAACGGCGGCGGUGGGAGUAAUCCGCAAGGGGAUGGCGAUUAUCAGUUGGUUCAGCACGAAGUUCUUUACUCUAUGACCAAUCAGUACGAAGUUCUGGAAUUCUUGGGCAGAGGAACAUUUGGACAGGUUGUGAAAUGUUGGAAAAAGGGUACCAAUGAAAUAGUAGCCAUUAAAAUAUUGAAGAAUCAUCCAUCAUACGCGCGCCAAGGCCAGAUUGAGGUCUCCAUCCUGUCACGACUUAGCCAGGAAAACGCGGACGAGUUCAACUUUGUGCGUGCUUACGAAUGUUUUCAGCACAAAUCUCAUACUUGUUUGGUGUUUGAAAUGCUGGAGCAGAACCUCUAUGAUUUUUUAAAGCAAAAUAAAUUCUCACCGCUUCCUUUAAAGUAUAUCAGGCCAAUUCUUCAACAAGUGCUUACCGCUCUUCUCAAACUUAAGCAAUUGGGUCUAAUUCACGCCGAUCUUAAGCCUGAAAACAUAAUGUUGGUAGACCCUGUGCGACAGCCGUAUAGAGUUAAAGUCAUUGACUUUGGUUCUGCCUCUCACGUUUCAAAAGCCGUUUGCAAUACCUACUUGCAAUCCCGUUACUAUCGUGCGCCAGAGAUCAUACUCGGACUUCCUUUCUGUGAAGCGAUAGACAUGUGGUCUCUAGGCUGCGUUGUGGCUGAAUUGUUUCUCGGUUGGCCGUUGUAUCCGGGCAGUUCGGAAUACGAUCAGAUACGCUACAUCAGUCAAACCCAGGGACUUCCCACCGAACAUAUGCUGAAUAAUGCUAGUAAAACUACAAAAUUCUUCUACAGAGAUAUGGACAGCACAUAUCCAUUCUGGAGACUAAAGACUCCGGAAGAACACGAGCAGGAGACUGGAAUAAAGUCCAAGGAGGCUAGAAAAUACAUUUUCAACUGUUUGGACGAUAUUGGUCAGGUGAAUGUUCCGACCGAUUUGGAAGGGGGUCAGUUAUGCGCGGAAAAGGCCGACAGACGAGAGUUUAUAGAUCUAUUGAAGAGGAUGCUCACAAUGGACCAGGUAGAGCGCCGAAUCACACCGGGAGAAGCAUUGAACCAUGCUUUCGUAACGCUAGCUCACCUCGUCGACUACGCUCAUUGCAACAACGUCAAAGCCUCCGUUCAAAUGAUGGAAGUCUGCAGACGAGCUGGCGACUUUACUGCCAGUCCGGCUCACCAUCAAGCCCCACCCGCGCCUCAGCCAGCACCGCCGACUUCGCUGGUUGCCAAUUUUGUGCCGACGACAAACGGAAGCGCGGUCACUCUCACUUUCAACAAUCAACUGACGAAUCAGGUGCAGAGACUCGUCAGGGAACACCGCACAGCUCCGUCGGGAUACGACAAUCUGUAUCAAAUAUACACAAAUACCAGUCGGAGAGCAACACAGUACAGUGGUUCGUCUAAUGGUUCCAACAGCGGUCGUGGCGCGGUGCACGAUUUUCCGCACCAAUUAGUACCUGGGAUUCUUUGCCCACCGCCUGGCUACCAGCCGAUGCCUAGUCCGGCAAAACAUGUUGUUGUUGCACAGGUCAGUGUCGAAAUGCCACCUCAAGCUCAGCAAGCUCCCCUACAAAUCCAGCCGUCCAUUAUAUCUCAACAAGCUGUUGCAGCCGCUGCAGCAGCGGCGCAACAGCAAUACGCCGCGGUUCCAGUUUCCAUGGUGGAAAGCGGCAGACAAAUGCUACUCACGAAAACUGAAUUUAACAUUCUCCCGUGUGUACAUAAGUAUCCCAUGGUUGGGUUACAGAACGCGGUACAAACGUCGUGGCCAGGUGGUAGUCGACAAAUGGCUGCCAUCGUACCGUCUUGGCAACAAUUACCACCACAGCAUGCCGCUAUACAACAACCCCUGCUUAGUGACGCAGGAGAGUGGGGCAGACCACUCAUCGUCGACAGUUCUGCCAUACUACAGGAUCAGAGGCCCGUGUUCCCGGUAACCGAAGUUUACAACACAAGCGCGCUCGUCGAACACCCGUCGCAAAGCUGGGGGAAACGAAGCGUGACAAAACAUCACCAGCACCACUUGACUGUGCCGCAACAGCCCCAGCAUAGACACGAACACAAAAAGGAAACUCAGCAGUUGAGUCCUGUUAAAAAGAGAGUCAAGGAAAGCACACCGCCCAGUAAUAUGAGGCGUCAUUCACCUGCGAACAGUCACUGGCAGCAACAGACCAAUCAGUCUCAUCAUCAUACCGGCAGCAACACCAGUAGCAACAAACAUGGAAGUAAUAAUCAUGCUAACGAACAUCAACAGGUCACAACUGUCAGGCAACAGACUAUAACCAUACACGAUACGCCUUCGCCAGCUGUUUCCGUCAUCACCAUAAGCGACAGCGAAGACGAAAGUCCUGGCAAAUGCUGCGGAGACCGUCAAUGCGGGGCUUGCCAAGGUUUGGCGCCUCGCUUGUCUGGCGAUGGAAGGCCCGUUCGCGAGGAUGUUAUUCGAAGCACGCAGUCUACGCCUCGUGUUGUACAGAGCUCGCACCAGACUCAUUCAAGCAGUCAAACGCAUACGAACGGUCACAGCGGUUCCCUCAGCUCUUCGCAAAGGGCGCAACGUAAGAAUGUCAUCAGCUGCGUUACGGUGGGUGACAGCGACGGGGAGGCAAGUCCAGGUCGAGUCCACGCUCACUUGUAUCACCAGGUCCCUCAACAUCAGCAUCAGCAGCCUGCCCAGCACAUAAAGCACGAACCGCAGCCCCAGCAUCAUGUCAGUUCUGGCUAUUCUUCGCAAUCGCAAAAAAAACGACUACUGGCCAAAGUUCAGUCGGAAUGCAACAUGAUCAACGUCGCCACCAAGCCCGAACCUGGCGUCGAAUAUCUAGCUCCGCAUCCCUGCCAUGCACCCGCCUGCAAAGAACCUCCAACUUAUCAGGAUGACGCCUAUGACAUGCAUGACUACUUCUUGCAGUAUGUGACUACUAGCAGUGCUCAUCCCCACCUUCAGGAACAGCACAUCGUCUACACAACGGGUGCCGACAAGCGAGUAUCUUGGCCCGGUAAACGAGCUGAAUACAAACACGAGUAUGUUCAACCGCCGGCUGCACAUUCGAGGGAUCAUCAGAAAUGGGCGGUAGCAAAUCCCGUUCAUCAGUACAGGCAGAGCCAGGUGGUGGGUUCGACGGCUCAUCACGGCCACCACGGUCAUCCGGCUCAUCUGAGUCCAGGAGGCGGAGGAGGUGGGGGUAGGAGCCCGGCUGCUGGCCCGGUGGUCGGGGGUGCCCAACACCUGGGUCAGCCUCUGUACCAGGAAUACGCCCAUGUACGAUCACGGGGACAUCCUGUGGCGCCCCCACCUGCGGUUUACGUUACCGCAGCUCCUUCUCAGGCACCGAGUGCCAUCCAGCAACAGCAAGUGCCCACCUACCAGGGAUUCACACCCGGGUGGGUACCUAGACGUCUAGUAGAUGCAUGCAUCUCGUCACCAUUAACGUUGUAUGAUUCUAGUCGAGCAUUACCGCCACCCGCUCAUCACAGUUCAGCCAGACCGCUACUGGCUAGUCAUGCGGCGCAUCCGCUUCCUGCUCACAUGCAGCCGACGGCUGUUUACGGAUUGGCGCCGCUAUCGCCAGCUAAGCAUCAGUACCAGCCUUCUGGCUUGUGGUUUACCGAAUAAUUGUUUAUAUCAAUAAAAGCUACAGCUUUUCAUUAGAUUACUAAGUAUAAGUUAUCACACAGCGUGGAGACGCUCUGAGACGCUAAGUUUAGCUCGUAUGUUUGCCAGUCGAAAAUGAAAGGCAGAGAAACUGACAAACAAGAAGAAAAAAGUACACCACAAGAGAAAAUAAACUCAAAAUUCGUAACAACGUUACCAUGUCUUGUAUUGCAAAGUUCUGCCUCAUGUCUACAAUGUAUAAUCGAUAGAUCGAUCAUUUCGUAAGUAGGGUUUUUAUAAAUUUCUUCUUUUUUUUUUUUUGUUUUUAAUCGACCGCUGAAUCCUUGAGCAAGAUUUGACGGUAAAAGUAUUUUUAUAUUUUAGACGGUAUGGUUAUUAUUAUUAUUAUUAUUAUUGUCUGCGCUGUAGAAUAUGAAACAAUGGUUUACAAUACUAAAACAAAGGAAGAGGAAAAAUCUACACUUUCACGAAAUGAUCAGCAUUAGUCAAACAUAGAGGAGAGUCGCGUUCGUUUAUUUCUAAUUGGCAGUCAUGUUAAUUCAUUAGCGCUAACUUAACUGCAGAUGAUUGCAUAUUAGCAAUUUAAUUGUAAAUAGUGACAGAAACAGUGGUAGAGAGAUAGAGAGGGAGAGGAAUAGUGGAGGGAAGGAGGGAGGGAGUGAGGGAAAAAGAUACGGAGAGUGCGAGUGUGAGAGAUAAUAAAGUCAGGUGUUACUCUAAAUUAGAGGAAAUACGGUUGAUUAAAAAAUUGUAUGAUAGUUCAAAUUUAGAAGUGAUGAUGAUGCUGAUCUUUAAUGACAACGGAAAACGAUCGAAUAAAGAAAUGAAAAUAAAACACAAGAAGAUAAGUCUGAAACUAAGUGUAUAGAACCGAGUAUGUAAAAGGACCGGUAUCGAGGGAGCAAGAAUCCGUCGGGAAAUCAAGAUGAUACCGAUUAUCGAAAGAGCUAAGAAAAAUAUAUAUAAUAAUGUUAGUUGUUUGAAAAAAACUAAGUAGGAUUUAAGAAUUGGCUGGGGUUAGAUUCAUAAAUAAUAAUUGAGGAAGAGGAGCUAUGCAAAUGUAAAUAAUUCUAAUGAUAUGUAUGUGUAUAUAUAUAUAUACACAACAUAUAUAGUCCUCAAUACCAAAUUACGAACUGGAAUUUAUUUGUAGAAAUAGGCCACGUAAAAAAAAAAAAAAAACUAUCAGGCUGCUUCUUUAAGGAACAAACUAAGGAAAACUUAAACGCUACUUGCUGUGAAAGCCGAACAUUAAUGGGACUUAAUUUAGGAGAAGAAAUGUUUGAAACCAGUGUUUGAGAAACCUAAAAAAAAGUUGAAAUACAACUGUUUAGUACGUCAAGCGGAAUCGAGUUAAUGGAUUGUACCCAUUAUCGUGGCCCUUAAAACAAAGUUUUCAAAUACUGUUGAACACUAAUUGCCGCUUGAGCAAGUUUUUUGGUCAUUAAUUUUUUUUUAUUUUUUAACGUUAUCUCCAAAAAUUAUUAGCAGACGCUGUUUGUAAUAGAUAUAUAUAUAUAUAUAUAUAGGUGGGGAGGGGGGUUUGCAUUUCCUAUGAUAUAUAUUUCGAGUAUCAUAAACACCUAAAAAUAUUAUUUUAACAGUUGUUAGCAACAACAAUAACAAUAAGAAAACAAGUAAAUCGAAAAUUAAAAAAAAAAAAAAAAAAAUUGUGCUGCAUUACACACGUGAUUCAGAAAUAUAUAUGUAUUCAUAAUAUAUAUACAUAUAUACUUUCACUAUCGAUUUAUAAAUAUUUAAUCUUGCACCAGGCAUAUUUCUAUACUAAUAUUUUCACAAGAAUUAUGAAAUCCCAUCAUCACUUUUGUUGACAUUACUUUUAUCGAAGAAAGAAGGUGUAUUCUUUACUGAUUACGUCGUGUAUUAACAAAAAAAGA